AUGUCAAGGUUUAAUGGGGAGAAGAAGCUCGGUGCAGGACGUGUGGUGGCUGUAGCUAUUGAUAAUAGCAAAACAAGCCAACACGCUGCAAAAUGGGCCGUGGACAAUCUUCUUCCCAAAGACCAAUGUCUCUAUCUAAUUCAUGUUAGACAGAAAGCAUCUUCGGCUCCCACAUCAUCGGGAAACCACGCCAUCGAAGGGAACGAAGCUGUGGCCGACAACGAAUCCAAGGAACUUUUUGAUUCAUUUCGUGUCUUCUGCAACAGAAAAAGUAUACAGUGCAAAGAAGUGUUGUUGGAGGACACGGAUGUAUCUAAGGCAUUAAUUGACAGCAUUUCCACGUAUUCCAUCGAGCUUCUGGUGCUUGGGGCGCCAUCAAAGGGGGGCCUUGUUAGAAGAUUUAGGACAACGGAUGUUCCAAGCAUUGUGUCAAAAGGAGCGCCACCAUUCUGCACGGUUUAUAUAAUUUCUAAAGGAAAAAUCUCAAGUGUGAGAUCUGCAACUGCUCCGUUGCCUAAAACCGCACCUCGGAACCAAUUGCAACCACAGCCACAACCACAACCACAAUCACAGCCAAUCCCAAGUCCUGAAAGAAUGAUGGAUCCUCAGGGCUCACGCAACUACCCAGUGCCACCAAGACAGCAAAAGCCAGCAUAUGGAUCACGCUUGGGGCUGGAUGAUGAUGACAUCAUAUCACCGUUCACAAGAAUUGGCAAAACAUAUGAGCCCUCAAAACUUGCGGAUUCAGAUAUAUCAUUCGUGAGCAGUGGAAGGCCAAGCAUUGAUCGAAUGUUCCCAUCAUUGUAUGAUGAUUUGGACAGUGCUAAUUAUGGAAUGGCUCCAGCUAGGCUUUCAUGUGGCUCCGAUUUUGAUUCCAGAAGCUUCGCCUCAUCUCUCUCAGGAGCUAAUAACAUGGAGGACUUCUCAUUCACCUCACAAGGCAGUGGCUUAUUAUCAUCAAGGCUAUCCGACAGUAACCCGGAUGAAAUGGAAGCGGAGAUGAGGAGGCUGAAGCUGGAACUGAAGCAGACAAUGGAAAUGUACAGCACAGCAUGCAAGGAAGCUCUGACGGCAAAGCAGAAGGCGAUGGAACUUCAAAGAUGGAAAGUGGAAGAACAGAAGAAAAUGGAAGAGGCGAGAAUGGGGGAAGAGGCAGCCAUGGCAAUGGUGGAGAUAGAGCAGGAGAAGUGCAGAACUGCGUUGAAGACGGCAGAAACAUCCCAAAGAAUAGCGACGUUAGAAGCACAAAAGAGAAUGAAUGCAGAGAUGAAGUGCCAAGCAGAGAGGAUGAAGACAGAGAGCGGUUUUGGACACGGCACUACAAGGUACAGAAGAUACACUAUCGAGGAAAUUGAAGAGGCCACAAAUCGCUUUUCGGAUUCCCUCAAGAUCGGCGAAGGAGGUUAUGGCCCCGUCUAUAGGUGUGAACUUGAUCACACUCAGGUUGCCAUUAAAGUUUUGAAGCCAGAUGCACAACAAGGACGCGAGCAGUUUCAGCAGGAAGUUGAAGUGUUAAGUUGCAUAAGGCAUCCAAACAUGGUUCUGCUGCUAGGAGCAUGCCCAGAGUAUGGAUGCUUAGUGUAUGAGUACAUGGCUAAUGGAAGUUUGGAUGAUUGUCUGUUCAGGAGAGGUAAGCCGCGUCCACCUCUUCCAUGGCAGCUAAGGUUUCAAAUUGCAGCAGAGAUAGCGACAGGGCUUCUUUUCCUUCAUCAAACAAAGCCAGAGCCAUUGGUUCACCGAGACUUAAAACCAGGAAACAUUCUUCUUGACCGAAACUAUGUGAGCAAGAUCAGUGAUGUGGGGUUGGCAAGGCUUGUCCCUCCUUCAGUUGCUGACACUGUUACUCAGUAUCGCAUGACAUCAACUGCUGGAACCUUCUGUUACAUUGAUCCUGAGUAUCAGCAAACGGGCAUGCUUGGAAUCAAAUCUGAUAUUUACUCGUUGGGAAUCAUGCUUCUUCAGUUGGUUACGGCUAAGCCACCAAUGGGUUUGACCCAUCAUGUUGGAAAGUCCAUUGAGAAGGGUACUUUUGCUGAGAUGCUUGAUCCUGCUAUUGAGGACUGGCCACUAGAACAAACCUUGCAUUUCGCCAAACUAUGCCUUCAAUGUGCUGAAAUGAGGAGAAAAGAUAGGCCUGAUCUUGGGAAAGUUGUGUUACCAGAACUCAACAAACUCAGAACCUUUGCUGAAGAAAGCAUGCCUCCUAUGAUGAUGUUUGGACUUGGAAGUGGUGCUGCAUUCGCUCCAAGAACCAGCAACUCUUCCAACCACUCCGCAGUUUCUUCCACUUCUCAAGACAAUAUGAGUGAAUCUCAAUCACUGUCUGGCAUCUCCGGAUAUGAAAGCCGCUCGAGUACAUCAUCACUGGGGAGAAUGUGA